AUGAAUUCUGGUUUUAAUUAUGCAGACUAUCCUGUCAUUGUAGGCAUAGAUUUUGGUACAACAUACUCUGGUUGUUGCUAUGCUUUUGCUCAGAACGAAGAAGUGAUUGACAUUGUAAAAUGGCCAAAGCAAAAUAAUCAAGUUUAUCCCAAGACACCGACCCUUUCCUUGUAUCGUAAAGGAUCACCACAGCUGGUUGAAUGGGGCCAUGGUGCACGACGAUUGGCCAUGAAGCCCAACAACGCUGAUUCCAUGUUACUGUCUAAAUUCAAGCUGUAUUUAGACGAGCAUUUGCAGCAAACCGAGCUAGGCAAUGGACUCAACAUCAUUGAUGUGAUUGCAGACUACCUUCGUGCCUUUCAUUUGCAUGUUUGCACUGAGCUGUUGAAGGGUUUUGCAGGCAAUUACGAUCAAUCCAGAUUCCGUUAUUGUCUGACUGUGCCUGCCAUGUGGAGUGAUAGAGCCAAAGCAACCAUGCGUGAAGCAGCUAUCCGUGCUGGAUUGAUCAACAACACAGACCAUCCCGACAGACUCAUGCUCAUUUCAGAGCCUGAAGCAGCAGCCUUGUAUUGCGAAAAGAAAUCUGAACAGUUCAAUUUACGCCAUGGCCAACGAUUCAUGAUUUGCGAUGCAGGCGGUGGUACCGUGGAUUUGAUUGUGUUUGAAAUCAAUGAGCCUCCUGGUGAAAGACGCACAUUGAAGGAAGUAACCAACGGCCACGGUGGUUCUUGUGGCUCUGGUUUUUUAGAUUUGAGAAUGCGAGAAUAUCUCAAGCGCAAGUUCUCUCACUACCACACCAUCAACGACAGCGCCAUGGAGCUCAUCAUGGACACAUUUGUCAAUGUCAUUAAGCCUGAUUUCGAUGGUGUUGAAGAUCAUUUCUUGGAUCUGCCUGCGUCUAUGGGGUUGGGCGAUUUAACAGACAACGACAUUGGACUGGAUAAUGGAUCACUUUGCUUGCCAGCAGAGGAGUUGAGAGAAUACGUGUUUGAACCUGUGAUCCGUCAAGUGCUGGACUUGAUCAAGGGACAACUGGCUCAAUCACCUCAGUUGGAGGCCAUCUUUUUGGUAGGCGGGUUUGGUCAAUCCAACUAUCUGUUCCGUCGAGUGGAAGACGAGUUUGCAAAUCAAGUGGGCAUGAUUGGUGUUCCUCCUCGUGGUGAACUGGCUGUGGUGCGUGGUGCUGUCUACUUUGGCUUGAAUCCUCAGAUUGUCACUGAACGUGUCUCUCGUCGUACGUAUGGUGUGGAGACGCGCAUGCUGUUCCAAGAUGACAUUGACCCUCCCGAGUACUCUGUCAUGGGUGGCGAUCAAAAGCGCUAUUGUCGCCAGCGUUUUAGUGUCUAUGUCCAUCAAGGCCAGAGCAUCAAAGUAGACGAAUGCGUGUCCAAGAACUUUGUCAUCAGCUAUCCCAACGACACGGAUUCUGACCUGUUUGCAUUUGAUGGCGAAGGACAGCCUCCUCGACUUACGUCGCAUCCCCUGGUGCGCAAGGUGGGCAAUUUUCCUAUUCGUAUGCCACAUUUGGAGGGUGUGAGAGCAGGCGAAAAGGUCAACAUGACCAUCAAAAUGUACUUUGGCCUGACUGAAAUCAAGAUUGAGUGCAUCAUUCGCGACAAAUCCUUUGUGUUUACUUCCUCCUUUGAAGCAGCAGAUGCCUAUCCUCAACAGCAACAACUUCCACCACCACAGCAGCAAUCCGUCUAUGACCCAUCUUAUGGCAACGCUGCCUAUGGUGAUUAUCAGACACCCUUAAUAGCAGCAGAUCAGUCGUUGUCUCAUCAUCAUCCAUCGCCCGGUCAGCAGCACAUGUACGGUGUCAACGAUUUAACAAACAACAUGAGCCAUGUCUCCAUCAACCAACAGCCUUACCCACCCACCACAGCAGUCAAUGCAAACAGCAGUUAUCCUCCUCAACAGCAGCCAUAUCCACCCUAUCAACCUCAAAGCAACUCGCAAUACCGACCCAUGAGUUAUCAAACGGAUUACUACCCACCUCAACAACAACAACAAGGCUACCCACCUCAAACACAACAGCCUUACGCACAAAACAACAGCUCAUUCUACAGUGCCACGUCCAACAAUGUGGGUGGUGGUCAUGGCGGUGGCUACUCGCCUUCUGCUCAACAUGGAUACCCUCCACAACAACAGCCAUCUUAUGGAGGCAAUAAUGGUUACCGUUAA